UUGAGAACAUACAUGAAAAUGCUGGCUGCACAGAAUUAUUGUCCAUAUUAAUUUAAUAUCUGUCACAUACUACUAAAUCAGUACUCCCCUCUCAGUGAGCUCCUCUGUAUCUCUGCUGAGCUAGCUACGAAUCCUCAUUUAUUCUAUUUCUCCUCUCCUUUAUUCUCUCUCUCUUUCCAUCCACCACCGUGCACCGCCACUCUCCUCCGCAUUUCCCCCGGAGCACGGCGGCGAUUUUCCUCUGGAAUCUUCCAAGUUCAGCUGGCCUGUUAACAGAAAACUCGGAAGUCUAUGUUCAUAUUUGCUUCGUAAUGUUAGAGGUAGCAAUGAGUUGUUUGUCAGUUUUUUGUCGUUCGAUUUCUGUUACGGUGUGAUGAAGCAUUUUUGUUGACAAAACAGCUAAUCAACUAUAUAUAUAGGCGGAACGAUGGCGGAUGUUGCAGUUGCGAAGUCAUGGAGAGACGAGUUAGCGAGUUUAGUGGAGGAUAGUGGUAUAAGGUUCAAUGGAGAUGUUGUAGUGCCGGCAUUUGAGGAGAAGAGAUCUGUGUAUGAUGAAUCUCCGGUGAACGAGGAGGUUGAAGUGGAAUCGGAGAGUUUAAAGGACCAAAUUGAGGGAUUUGCAAAGGCUUGGGGAGAAAUGUUGAUGGAAUUGAUGAGAGGUUGUAGAGAUGUGGUGCAACAGAGUUUAUUGACUGAGGAAUCGUACAUUGUGAAGAAAACUAAAUUUCCUUUAGCUGAGGUUUCGAAGAGGUUGAGUGUUUUGAAUGAGUUUUUGCCGGAGGAUCGUGAUCCGUUGCAUGCUUGGCCGGUGAUUUUCUUCGUCUUCAUCCUCGCCCUUUCCGCAUUGAGUGUAAAUAGUAAACAAGAUAUCUCAGGCAAGCUAGUGAAAGAAGUGUACAUACAUCCUCCUAGUGCUACUCGUAUACUGCUUCCAGAUGGGAGACAUAUGUCAUAUCAUGAGAUGGGAGUUCCACCAAACAGAGCUAGAUAUCCAGUAAUUGCUCCACAUGGCUUCCUGUCUUCUCGACUUGGAGGUAUAUCCGGAGUGAAAAUGUCACUUCUUGAAGAGUUUGGCAUUCGUUUGGUGACUUAUGACCUUCCAGGUUUUGGAGAGAGUGAUCCUCACCCUGAACGAAACCUUAACUCAUCUGCUCUGGACAUUCAAUACUUGGCUGAUGCCUUAGGAGUUAAUAGUAAAUUCUGGGUUUUGGGCUACUCAAGUGGAGCAAUACAUGCUUGGGCUGCAAUGAAAUUUAUACCUGACCGAGUUGCCGGCGUAGCUUUGUUUGCCCCAUUUGUCAACCCAUAUGAAUCAAGCAUGACUAAAGAAGAGAUGACUGGAACUUGGAACAAGUGGACUAGGAAAAGGAAACUGUCAUACUUUUUAGCUCGAAGAUCUCCAAAAUUUCUUGAUUACUUCUAUCGUCGGACAUUUCUAUCUGGAAAGCAUGGUCAAAUUGAUAAAUAUCUGUAUCUGAAGCUGGGACAAAAGGAUAAAGCAUUGAGCAGUGAACCAGCCUUUGAAGAGUUCUGGCACAGGGAUGUUGAGGAGUCAAUUCGUCAGGGUAGCACUAAGCCAUUUAUAGAGGAAGCUGCACUUCAGGUGUCAAAUUGGGGGUUUAGCCUUGUGGAUCUUCAAGUGCAAGAAAAGUGUUCUGGGAAAGGGAUUCUAUCAUGGCUCAAGUUUGGUUAUGGUCAAGUGAAGUGCGAAUUGUCUGGAUUUCUAGGACCAGUUCAUAUAUGGCAGGGAAUGGAUGAUCAGGUUGUUCCUCACCAAAUGACCGACUAUGUAGCUAGAAUUCUGCCAAGUGUGGUGGUGCACAAGCUUCCCGAUGAAGGCCAUUUUUCUUAUUUCUUCUGUGAGGAAUGCCACAGGAAAAUGUUCCUGACUAUUUUCGGAAGUCCUCAGGGGUCUCUUGAAGAGAGCAUUGAAGCUCCAACAGAAGACUAUGGAUACCAGGAAGCUGCAAAUCUAGCUAUGGCAGCAGAAUGAGCAGAAAAAGCUCCGUGACCAUAACUAUUGAUGUAUAUACUACUACAGGAAUGCUCCUUUUCUCCAGGAGCACAAAAGUCAGAUGUACGAGCGGUUCCUAAUGGGUGGCGUUAAAAGAGUUUUCGUUUCUUGUUUUGGGUGGAUAGUGCUUUUUGGAUUUCACUACGAAUCAAGUCCCUAACAACAGAGGUUGAGUAACAUGAUCAAUCACACGAAUCUUUUUUCUCUAGAGGCAUAUCUUUAUAUAUCUAUAGAAUGCCCCCUUAAUUUGGACAUUCCUUGUUACAAGGAUCUGUGUUUGAUGACCAAUUUGACACAGUUUAUCGUAACAUCUCCAGUGAUGCUUAUUUUCUGAAUAGAAUUUUCUUGAGAUGAGCG